ACAAGGUUCAUUUAACGUAUCCCGCAUCAUGUUUCCGUAUUAUUAAAAUCAAGACAUUUUAUUGGAUUUGAUGGUGACGUAAAACCAGGAAGUAGUAAAGAUUUUGACGAAACCCGAAUGAGAGGCAGAAGAUGAGUCGCAUCUAUCACAACACUGCGUUACAAAGUAAACCUGUGCAUAAUGAGAAACUGUCCUUCACAUGGGAUCCAGUAGUCUACCAGAGUGGUCGUGGUGUGAUUUUAGAGGGGGCUGUCGUGGAUAUGUCACGUCAUGUCAUAACAGAUAAGAAUAACAGAAAGGAACGCUACAAUGUUUUGUACAUCAAACCCAGCCGAGUACAUCGCAGAAAAUAUGAUUCUAAAGGAAAUGAGAUCGAGCCUAAUUUUAGUGAAACCAGGAAGGUCAACACUGGUUAUCUCAUGUCAUCCUUCAAAGUGGAGACUAAGGGUGAAACAGAUUGUCUCGAUGAGCGCCAACUUUGUGAAAUCCUGAAUAAGGACGAGCUCGUUAAAGUAACUGCAAAGCAUUGCCUUAGUCAGACCAUGGCAUUCUGGAUCUCCGAGGCAGAGAUGGACAGGACAGAGAUAGAGUUGGGUCAAGAAAUUCGCCUUAAAACUAAAGGAGAUGGACCUUUCAUUUGCACUUGCUGUUCUGUUUGUUUCUGCCUAGUUUCCUUUGCCAAACUGGAUGGUGGUACAGUGACAAAGUGCAACUUUGCAGGAGAUGAGAACGCUGGAGCAUCAUGGACGGAUAAAAUUAUGGCUAACAAGGCAGAUGCAAAGUGUACAGGGAAGAGCGCUAGUCAGGGUGAGGGAGCAGAUGAGGACGAAUGGGAUGACUAAAAAACACCCGUGAGGUUCCAGGACCAGAUAAAAUUUUGCUCCCCAAAAAAAGAUUUACACAAUGAAGACGGCUUUCCAUGUGCAUGUGAAUGAAUGUUAUUUUUAAAACAAGGAGUGGCAAUUUGUGUAUGUGUUCAAGUCAUUGAGGUCAUAUAAGCGCAGUUAUUGACACCAUUGAAACAAGCGCUCAACAACUGUGUAAAAAGACUGCACUUUAAUUAUUUAGUUGUUUAAAACAUAAGUUUCAGUUAAGCAACCUUUGGCAUUGUACAAUAUCACAAAAUUAACUAGGGUUGUUUAUAACAACACAUACUUUUUCAAAAUACUUGUUUGUUUAUAAUUUUACAUACUGCAUACAAUAAUAAAAUUUCAUUAUUACA